AUGGCAUCAUCAGUUGAGAUAGAUUUAUGUCCUAUAAAUGACCUUCCUGAACUUGUAUUAGUUGAAAUAUUUUCUUAUUUACCAAUUGAUGAACGACCUGCUUUAGAAGAAACAUGUAAAUUGUGGUAUAAUAUUAUACGAAAUUCUCCUAGUCUUGCAUUUACUUGUACAAUACGAUUACAUGCACUUGUAGAAGAAUCUAUUAAUCCAAUUCGAACACGAUUAGGUCGUGUUCUACCUCGAUGGACACGAAUAACUCAAAGUCAAUCGAAACCUGCAGCAGCUAUUGAUCCAAGACCAUAUGGUUAUAUUCAACAAUAUGUCAAACGAUUUCGUCAUGAUAUUAAACAUUUAUAUAUUGAUGUUGAACAACAUGAUCCUUCCUGUCGUUAUGUUCUUUGUCAACUUUUAACACUUUUUGGUCCUGAACAAUGUUCAAAAGGUCGACAAAUUCGUACAUUUUGUUUACGUUUUACUACUAAUAAUCCAUUAUUAAUGAAAUCUCUAGAAAUAAUUCAAGCAUUACGAAUAUUCUUUCAAUAUGAUGGUUCUAAAAAUCGUCGAGAAUCUCUAAUUUCAUGUGAUUUCUCUGGUCUUACAAUAUCAUUAGAUGAUGAUACAAUAUUAACAUUAGCUAAACAUAAUCCAUAUUUACGUAAAUUAAAUUUACAAGAUCAAUCAUUAGUUUGUAUAUUAACACCAUUUUGUAUUUUACAAAUAAUUGAUAUGCUUAAAGAACUUGAAGAUUUAUGGAUUGAUAUGAUAUCUUUAUCAGAUGAAUUUAUUUUAAUGCUUACUGGAAAUGAUGAUGAACAACCAUUUAUACAAAAAUCACCACUUAAACAUUUAGGUAUAAGAAUAAGACGAGAAGAAAAAUUUUCCGAUGAAAUUGAUGCAAAAUUAUGGCAAAAAUUACAUGAAAAAUAUCCACAUAUGAAAAUGACAUUAAAUUUUGGUUUAACAACACCACCUAAUCGUGUUCGAGCUUAUCUAAAUCCAGAUUUACAAUUACCGGUGCAAACAUUAAUUAUGAAUUCAGCAAUUCCACUUGUUGAUGAACUUUGUUUAGCAGCAAAUAGUUUUGGUGAUACAUUAGAAAAUAUACAUAUAUGUACAUCAAAUCAAUGGGCUGAACUUACACGAACGCCUGCAUUUAAUAAAGUUAUAUUUUAUAUAGCAUAUAAAUGUAUUCAUUUACGUACACUUUAUGUUGAUGCUGCACUAAAUCAAGAUACAAUUGAAGAUAUUUAUCGAUUACAUCCUCAUUUGAAAGAACCUGGUGCAAGUAAACUUCUUCUUGUUGAUAAUCCAACACAUAUUAUUCUUCCAGAAGAUAUGGGCGAUUUAUUUGGAUGA